AUGGAUGGUGAUUCUGGGGCAUUUCGGGCUGUUGGAGUGGUGCCAGUUAAUAAUCAGCAGGUGUCUGGAAUGGUAUCCAAUUGCUGCUUUGUUGGCCAAGGAACAAAUAUUGGGGUCAACACUGCUGGGUUGAAUACCUCCCAUUGGCUGGUUACAGAGAGGGCAAAAAGACAGUGGGAAAAAUACAAAUCAAUGCUUGAUGAUGCAAAAGCCAUGAAAGCAGAAAUUGAUGGAGAACUUUCUUCUAGCACUCGAGCAAAUGCUGCUUUAUCAGAAGUUCUGCCAUGUGAUCAUUUGAAGACAUAUGGGGAUCAUGGUCAAUUAUGUACGUUGAAUGUGUCAGAAGAUGCUAUUGGGGAUAUUUGUGUUGACACUAAAGGACAUAUAGCAUGUGGGGCUUCAAGUGGUGGCAUUGCACUGAAGAUAAGUGGACGUGUGGGAUUAGUAGCAAUUUGUGGCUCCGGUUGUUGGGCAUCCUCAAAAGGUCCGUUUGGGGCUCCAUUUAUAGUUGGUUGUUGCGUUAGUGGUGCUGGAGAGUAUUUAAUGAAAGGAUUUACUGCUCGAGAGUGCUGUGUCUCAUCAUCACUGUUGCAGGCAGGUCCGGGCUCUGCUUGCAUGAAAGUUUUAUGCUCUAUUAUGCAAGAUAGUAGCGAACACGGUCCUAAUAAAAGUGCCGGAACUCUAGUUGUUCAAGCCGAGGCUCCUAUAAUAGCGAGAGCUCCCAACCCUCAACCUUAAUGGUUUUUUUAAGGAAAAAAACGACUUAUUAUUUGUUUGUUUCCUAUUUAGCUUCCCGAGACUUCACCUAAGCUGAAAGCUAUAGAGAUUGCAUCAGCCUACACUUCCUUGUCUUUUGGAAUGGGUUAUUUUGGAAGCUCUAUGGAGCGGAAUAAUAUUUCAAAACCUUUAUUGUUGCAUAUGAAUUUUCUUCUUCAAUUGAUAUAUUUAGAUCAGAUUUUGAGAUCUCAGCGAGUUCAGUCGAUCCUUGCAGAUGACAUUUAAUGGUGAAUCAUCUCAUUCAUUUAAUGGUGAAUCAUCUCAUUGAGAGUAAACCAAUACGUUGUGUAUUAAUUAGGUGUGAAGUGUUUGUUAACAUUUACUAUAUAUAAUGAUUUCUUGUUUUAUAAUUGAAGAUGUAUUUUAUAUAAGAGCAUAUCAUAAACGGACUGCAAGAUAUUUGCAUUUCGUAUUUGAACUGUGCAUUUCGUAUCAGUCAUAAUUGUAAUGGUGGCAUGCAAUAGUUUUUAGUUUGUCCUGUUUGGUUCUUCCUUUUUUUGCUUUUUCGUGUCCAUAUCAUGUUAUAUUAUGUUGGUUUACAUUUAUCGAUUUUUUUGCUGAUUACAUGAGACGAGACAAGCAUGCCGCAACUCAAACCUAAUUAUGUGUUUAAUUUUUUAUUUAUACGAAACUUAUUUGUUUUAUUCAUCUGUUU